AUGGCAACGACUCCCACUCCCCGCCGCGGCAGCCUUGGCGGCGACGACGACGCUGGACUGCCUCACAUCGGCGAGACACCUGCCGCAUUGCAGCGAGACGAUUCGACCCUGACGGCCGAGCUCCCAGAACCCCUCCAAGGCAGCGACGACGACACAAGCGAGAAUGUGGGAUUCGCCCAGACCAGCCCGAUGGCCGUGAACAUGAACCAGAGCAUCUUUGGUUUAAUUGCCGCCGCAGGAUCUCGGGUCGACUUCAACACUCGCUUUGAUGACGGCAGCAGCGACGAAGACGACGAUGAAGCUGAGGGCGAAGGGAGCCGCUUAAAACCACUAAGCUCGCGGCACCGCGACCUCUCACAGACGGCUAUACUAGGUUCAUUCCCUGCCAAGGAUAAACGCCUCGGGCAUAAGAAGAAGCUUUCUGGUCACAGGCUCUUGAAGUCAUUUGCCUCGUUGCCUAGAAGGAAGAGCAAACCCGGGAGAGGCUCCAAGAUGUGGGAGCCUACAGAAGAGGUGGACGAGCAGAGCGAAUCUAGCGAGCCACCCUCUCCCAAGAAGCCCUCCCAACAACUAGAUGAGGAGGAGGAUCUCCGAGUAGCACCCGUCAUGAGCCGAAUGCUGGAGGCCCAGGCCGAGAUGGCCAGCCGGUCUAGCUUUGACAUUGAUAUUGAAAGAGACUCUUCUGGCCCUGAUCGAACAGAUGAAGGGGAGGAAGACCGAGAAGAGGAGGGAGAAGGGAGCCACGUCACAGCCUUGGCAAGAAGACUAAUGGAAAUUUUUGAGUUCGAUGAGCCAGAGCGUGUUAUAGAAGAGUAUCCGUGUUGGUUGCUCAAGAGCGUAUUGCUGCAAGGCUAUCUAUACAUCACUUCGAAACACAUUUGCUUCUAUGCAUAUCUCCCCAAAAAGACACAUUCCGUUGCCAAGUCUGGUUACCUAUCAAAAAGCGGAAAACGCAACCCAAAAUACAGUCGUUACUGGUUUCGCCUCAAAGGUGAUGUAUUGUCAUACUACCAGGACUCCACGAACCUAUACUUUCCACACGGCCACAUCGAUCUCAGCUUUGGCAUAUCUGCUAGCAUCACAGAUAGAGACAAGGAGGGUGUGCAUUUUUCAGUGGUAACAAGCCAUCGUACCUACAACUUCAGAGCCGAGAGUGCGCCAAGCGCCAAGGAGUGGGUGAAGAGUUUACAGAGAGUCAUUUUCCGAAGUCACAAUGACGGCGACAGCGUCAAAAUAUCUAUUCCCAUUAACGAUGUCAUCGAUGUCGAGGACUCGCAGAUGAUGGAGUUUUCAGAUACGUGCAAGAUUCGAGUCAUGGACAGUGACGAAACGUUUGCCAUCGACGAGUACUUUUUCUCCUUCUUCAACUAUGGUAAAGAGGCGAUAAAUGUGAUUAAGCUUUUGGUAGAAGACGCAUCACUUGAGGGCCCGACAGCUGGUAAAGCCAUUGCCAAACAAGAAGAAGAGUCCUCAAAUCAGUCAUCGCCUCGCGCCUCGGGAAGCGCAUUCCGGAAUCUAACUCGCGUGGAUAGUGCGCUCACUACGAAACUUUCCGGUCUUGGACAGGCAGCUGGUCAUUCAACAUCACGCAGUUCCACAAGCCCAAACCCAUAUCCUAGCGGCGAUGAUGGUCUCCAUUCAAGCUUCGACGCAAUCGGAAGAGAGAGAGACAGUCACGACGAGAGUUCUCGGGAAAGAUCCAGCGACAAUAAAAGAUCAGAAAGUAGCCAUCAGGGUGAAGAAAGGAUAUCAUCAAAGAUUCUCGAAUCGUCCGAAUCAAAUUUGUACUCGUCAAUGGAAGAACCAAGUUUCGCUAGCCUCAACGAAUCUGCUUUUGAAGAUCCUUCUGCGAGUCAGAUCCUCAGGGGCAGCGACGUCUUCCAAAAUCCGACGAUGAGACACUCGCAAAGCUCCAUCCGUGACGACAAGGAGUCAAAGGACUUGUCAGAUCUUCAACCAGCUGAUUCUACAGCAGCAAGCCAUGCUGAGGGAUCCGGUUAUGCCGGGUCUAUUGACCUACCACGAGUGUCCACGCCAACGUUGCAGAGCAUUACGAGAAUGGGCGCAUAUCCCUUGCAACGAGCUGGCGCGUUUGCCGAUUAUCUGAACAAGACAAGCAAGCGAAUGAGCACCCUCCUUGCGACGGAAUCUAUGGGCUAUGUCGAAAAAGUUUCUGGCAUGUGGAAAGGUGAACGCAAGCAUUACGAUGAACCUGCUGGUCUACGACCCGACGAAGAUGAUCUGGAAGAGGAUGAUGAUGGGCAGAUCAAGACAUCAAAUGAGCGAUUUCGAGCACAUUUUGCACUCCCUGCCACAGAAAGGCUGCAGGCUACGUAUUUUGGAUACAUCAUGCGCGUCCUGCCGCUGUAUGGUAAAAUCUAUCUUAGCGGUGGCUAUUUCUGUUUCCGAAGUUUGCUCCCUGGCACUCGGACAAAAUUGAUUCUUCCUCUAAAAGACAUUGAGAAUGCGCAUAAGGAGAAGGGUUUUCGCUUUGGAUACUCGGGCUUGGUUGUGAUUAUUCGUGGACAUGAGGAGCUCUUCUUCGAAUUCCGGCAAGCUGAGAUUCGUGACGACUGCGCAGUGACACUGCUGCAGUGCCUGGAAAUCGAUCGCAAUCUCCAAGGAUCUGGUUUAUUAUCACAUGCGUCCAAAGAGGAAGCAAGUGCUGCGAUUGCGGAGCGGGAAGCUUUGAAACUAGCAGGACAAGAGAUGUUUGCAAAUCGCGAACCUCAGCUACCGCAGUCAACCGCUGCGCAGACUCAUGCUGCCAAUAUCUUGGGAGAUGAUCUAGAAACAUCGGUGAUCCAGUUCAAGGCGCCGCAUUCCAUGAGGAUUACAUGCCUAACAAUCGGCUCCAGAGGCGAUGUCCAACCUUAUAUCGCAUUGUGCAAGGGAUUACUUGCAGACGGCCAUAGACCGAAGAUUGCUACUCAUGCAGAGUUCCAAGGAUGGAUCGAGUCUCAUGGUAUUGAAUUUGCCUGUGUCGAAGGUGACCCGGGAGAGCUAAUGCGUUUGUGCAUUGAGAAUGGAACGUUUACGCUCUCAUUCCUUCGAGAAGCCAAUGCGACUUUCCGAGGCUGGCUCGAUGACCUCCUCGAUUCCGCUUACAAGGCUUGCGAAGGUUCUGAGCUUCUCAUCGAGUCACCGUCAGCCAUGGCAGGAAUUCACAUCGCAGAGAAACUUGGGAUUCCGUAUUUUAGAGCAUUCACGAUGCCCUGGACAAGGACACGAGCGUAUCCCCACGCCUUUAUUAUGCCGGAAAACAAGAUGGGCGGUGCCUAUAACUAUAUGACCUAUGUCAUGUUCGACAACAUCUUUUGGAAAGCUACCGCUCAUCAAGUCAACAGAUGGAGGAACAAGACUCUUGGAUUGCCAAAUACUGGACUAGAGAAAAUGCAGCCUAACAAGGUACCUUUCCUAUACAAUUUUAGCCCAAGUGUUGUUGCGCCACCUCUAGAUUUCUCGGAUUGGGUCAGAGUUACCGGCUAUUGGUUCUUGGACGAAGGUGGCGACUAUGAACCUCCUCAAGAACUGCGAGACUUUAUCCAGAAAGCAAGGGCCGAUGGCAAAAAGAUUGUGUAUGUCGGUUUCGGCUCGAUUAUCGUCAACGACCCGGUCAAGAUGACUCAGGAGGUGAUUGACGCGAUCCUUAAGGCUGAUGUCCGAUGCAUUCUCUCCAAGGGGUGGUCUGAUCGCAUCACUGGAAGGGACGAACCCAAUAGACCGCUUGUUGAAGAGCCAGUGAUGCCACCAGAGAUUCAUGUUAUCAAAUCUGCUCCACAUGACUGGCUAUUCCGACAGAUUGACGCGGCAGCGCAUCACGGUGGAUCCGGUACCACCGGUGCUAGUCUAAGAGCCGGUAUACCAACCAUUAUCCGGCCUUUCUUUGGGGACCAAUUCUUCUUUGCCAGUCGUGUAGAAGAUUUGGGUGUUGGAGUUUGGGUCAAGAAGUGGGGAACGAAAUCGUUUGGCCGAGCUCUUUGGGAAGUCACGCGUAACGAGCGGAUGAUUGUCAAGGCUCGGCAGCUAGGUGAACAAAUUCGAAGGGAGAGCGGUGUUCAAACUGCUAUUCAAUCUAUAUACCGAGAUAUGGAAUACGCAAAGAGCCUAAUUAAGCAUACAGAUGGACAUUUAGAAACAGAAGAAGAUGAAGAUACGGAAGAGAGCUGGACAUUUGUCCGCGGCGAUGAACCGGAUCCAGACGUGAUUACGACCAAGUUGAGCGAAGGUUUGGAUGGCGUAGCAUUGGGAAACAAUAGCAAGGCGUCAGGCAAGUCAUAA